CCAACAGCAGCCGUAUGAAUGGAGCCCCGUCUGACUGCUGAUCUGAGGGCUGCACUCGUCGUCUUCAUCCUCCUCCUCUCUGCGGGCUCAAGUGACAAUGAUCUAGACCUAGAGAGUUUUUGUGGGACGUGGCGCCAUGACAGCGGCGCCCUGAGCCUGAACGUCAACCUCUCCACGGGCUGCAGUGAGAUCUCCAUCUCAGCGGGGCGCAGCUCCCUGUCCAUCGACGGGAAGAUCACGGCUCAGUGCAGCCGGUCCGAAGUGAUUCCCCUCAAGCAGCUGGGCCUCGACUCCCGGGGGGGGGAGACUCCGUUCUGUCUGUACUGGGAGCCACUGCUGGACCUGUUGAAGCUGCAGGUGGGAGGGAAGAACCUGAGUCUGUGCUGGCCCAGCAGCGUGCAGGGCCACUGCUGCACCGAUCUGUCACACGGCCCCAACGCACCUGAGGCAAUCUACGGCAUCAUUAAUGGAACCAUCAAGACCGAUUUGAUCACAGACAAAACACUGGAAGCAUACAAGUUCAGUGCAGCUUCCAUCGACUGCAAAGCAUUAUGUGACCAACAGAACCAGGGAUCCACCCAAGUCAACGUGGACCCGGCUGUAGGGAAUGUGCAGCAUCCGUGUGCUCACAGCUCUGAGGUGGACAUGAAGGAGGGUUUCAGAGGCCGUAACGUCACAGCGCCUGCCACUAAAGGUAGACCCGCAGAGUCCAGCACCACCGUCCACCUGCCCCCUGCUCUGAAGACAGCUGCCAAAAAGACCAGCAAGGUCGUCUGCACUUUCUUCAACAAGAUCUCCCUGUUCCAGGAGGGUCAUAGGGGGAACAGGCUUUUCAACGAUGUGGUGGGAAUCACCGUGGAGAAUGAGGUCAUCGCUAAUCUGCCUGAGCCAAUCAGGAUUGACUUUCACCACGAUGUCAUACCCCAACACCAUUCAAAGAAAUGUGUGUCCUGGGACACCAGGAAAGAUCCAUUGCUGGUGAAUUGGUUGGUCGACGGAUGUGAGACGCGAGAGAAAGGAGCGAAACACACCGAGUGCCUCUGCAACCAUCUGACUUACUUCUCUGUGCUGGUGCAAAUGGAGCCUCGCCCAGUGCGCCACCUCCUGGCCCUCACCACCAUUACAUCUCUGGGCUGUGCUGUGUCUGUAAUUAGCUGUGUCGCUGUCUUCAUUUUCCUCUGCAGGAAGAGGAAGCUCAAUGAGCAGUCCUUUCACAUCCACAUAGGCCUAACGGUGUCACUCGGCCUCCUCAACCUUCUCUUCUUCUUCACCGGGGUCCUGGCCAACGUGGGAGGGGAGAGCCUUUGCGUCUGGGUGGGGGCGGGCCUCCACUACACGCUGCUCAGCUCCUUCACCUGGAUGGGCGUAGAGGUGUUUCACACCUUCUGGUUGGUCCACAUGGUUUUCAGCCCCUCCCCGAAGGCCUGUGUGUGGCACCUGGUCGGCUUCGCCCUCCCUGCACUGCCCGUAAUCAUCCUGGCUGCAAUGGGGGACAUUUACGGAGUGAGAGAGGUGGUGCCAAGCGAUGACGUCUACAAUCCUUAUCUGAUGUGCUGGAUGAAAGACACCCCCAAGGCCUUGCUGGCCCACUAUUUCACCAACAUGACAGCCUUGGCCGUCCUGGUGAUCUCGGGCUUAGUGAUGCUCUACCGGGUCUACAUAAUCCGCAUCAAGGAUGAAUGGAGGCAGAACCACGUGGCUUUUCUCAGCAUCUGGGGCCUCAGCUGCCUCUACGGGACAUCUUGGGGUCUGAUCUUCUUGGACUUUGGACCCCUCUCUGACAUUAUUCUCUACCGCUUCUGUAUCCUCAACGCUUUGCUAGGUUUCUUCCUGAUGCUGCGGUUCUACAUGUUGGACUGGAUGCGGAAGCAGUCCGGCGGCUCGAAUCUGGGCAGCACCAGCACCGGCUCCGCCCGGCAGCACAUGCUACAGGCCCAGGAGAAGAGCUAGACGGGCCGCUGCAGCACCAAAGCUUUAAGGCAGUCUUCUUAUCCGCGUGGAUGAGCGCAUGCUGUGCCGCCUGAAGAGCUCUCCAUGCCCCCUGCACCUGUCCUCCCUCUGGUUGCUGAACACAAGUGCAGCUCAUGGGAGCACCACCUCAUGCACUAUGAUGCACCCAGUCAGUGUCUUGGGUGCAGAUUGUGUUUCCAGUGUUUCCUCUAAGAAAAGCUGCAAACUGAGGGGAAACACUGCUCAUCACAUGUUGGAUCCACUUUGCUUUGGUUGAUUAGAUCUUCACAUUGCUCCCAGGUGGAGCUGACUUGAAUCAACCACA